CUUGUAAUCGACGCCUUUUCGUUGUCAAACAAUUUGCGGACGAGCGCGCGCGGGAGCUACUACCGCGAAGUGGGCGCACCACGCGGACGAAAAAAUUGUAUAAAUUCAUCGGCGUUUGUAAAUCCGAAUUAGUUCAAUAAUUUGCGUUGUUCGUUGCGUUCAGAAUGCAACUAUUGACAACAAUCGUUUUGGUGGCGAUUGCCGUUGGGGUUGCGAGCGCCCGGCCGGAAAAAUACAAACGCAUUGGUGGAAAACCACCGCGCCAACGCCAUGACGAAGCUACGAAGAAUAAACAAGUCAAGACUAUCCCACCAUCGUGCGAAAGUAAAAUUUACUGCCAGGGAAAUUUACUGCACACCAUUCAAAUGGCAGCGCUUUUCAAUGACUCGAAGCAUUUCGUUGAUAUGUCGAUGAACGCUGACGAAGAUGUCAUUUUGAAGAAUUUCGACGUGUUCAUGAAGGAAAAUAACCAGGAACCCACCAAAGAACAAGUGGAACAAUUCGUCAAUGACAACUUUAGUUUUGCGGAUGAACUUGAGGAUUGGAUGCCUGAAGAUUUCGAAGAGGAACCCCCCUUUUUGGAAACAGUACAACCGGAGGAAAUUCGUAGUUAUGCGAAAAAAAUCGUAGCGAUUUGGCCGAAUCUCGGAAGGAAAAUCAGCAAUGAAACUCUGGAAAAUAUUCAACGUCAUUCAUUGCUACCUUUAUCUAAGGGUUUCAUUGUUCCUGGAGGCCGAUUCAGAGAGACUUACUACUGGGACACUUACUGGAUCAUCAAAGGAUUGCUGAUCUCUGACAUGAAGCAAACCGCACGCGGUAUGCUUGACAACUUCGUCACGCUGGUCAAGCAACACGGUUUUAUUCCGAAUGGCGCGCGCGUGUACUACUUACAGAGAUCUCAACCUCCUUUGUUCGCUCCGAUGGUCUUGGAUUACUUCAGGGCCAGCGGUGACCGUGAGUGGCUGACUGAAAACAUUGCUUUCGUCGAACAAGAAGUAAAAUUCUGGUUGGAAAAUCGUAUGAUAACCGUGGAGAUCGAUGGUAAGAAGUAUCACGUUGCCAGGUACUACCCGGAGUCUCUGGGACCUAGACCAGAAUCAUACAAAGAAGAUUUCCUAACUGCUUCAAAUCUUCCCAAUGAUGAUGCUAAACAGAAGUUGUAUACCAAUCUGAAAGCUGGUGCUGAAAGUGGGUGGGACUUUUCAUCAAGGUGGUUCUAUGACACCAAAGGAGGAAACAACGCUAACUUAUCCAGUGUUGAUACUGGUAGGACUCUUCCUGUUGACCUCAAUGCUUUCCUCUACAAAGCAUGCCAUGCAUUGAACAUGUUGUAUUCUGGUCUACAUCAACUGGACAAAGCUUCCUAUUGGUUAAACAAAGCCAUUGAGUUCAAACGUGUCCUUAAAGAUGUGUUCUUCAAUAAAGAUGACGGCAUAUGGUAUGAUUUCGAUAAAACACUCAAGAAACAUAGAAAGGAAUUCUAUGUAUCCAACUUGAGUCCACUGUGGGUUCACGCAGAACACCUAGACUUCAACCCAGACAAACUCAUUAAGAAACUGCAUGAUGAUGGAGUAUUUGAGUAUGAAGGUGGUACGCCUGCUUCUUUGAAGCGAACUGGUGAGCAAUGGGAUUUGCCGAAUGCUUGGCCACCUCUACAAGCCAUUGCAGUUCAGGCUAUUGCUAAUACAGAAACUGAGGAAGGGAAAACAAUCGCCGAGAAACUGGCUAAACAAUGGGUGACUGCCAAUAUGAUCGGCUAUGAACGUACGGGUACCAUGUUUGAAAAGUACGACGCUGAGGAACAGGGUAAUUAUGGAGGUGGCGGAGAGUACAAAGUACAAGCUGGUUUUGGUUGGGCAAAUGGUGUCGUGUUGGAAUUCAUCCGAGAUUAUUACUCUGAGGCGGAGCCAUGGAGAUUCUAAGAUGUAUGCUUCUUUAACUUAGGCUAGGAUAAGCUACCAGCUGUGGUUUCACGAAGCACAAAGUGACUUAAUUUGUAUUAUUUAUCGGCUUUCAAUCGAAAUAAAUGAAUCAUUUUAAUAAAUGUUAUUAGAAAAUA